AUGGGGGGUAAAACCGGCACGGCAACAGAGCGCUGUAGCGGCAGUGACGUUGUGUGUCAAAUUCACACCACCGCGACAACAGCCGCACCACUCGCCGUGAGGCCGCAUAACAUGGGGAUGGCGUUUAUGAGCCGAAUUCUUUUUCAGGUACCUCUCACCGCGGAGGGGAAGACGGUGAGGCAUUGUUGUCAGCCGGGCCCUGUCCUGUUCACGUUUCCGAUCGACGGAACUCAUCUUCUUGUGGCCUGUGGUUCGGAUAAAAGUCAAAGGGACGGCGGCUCAACUGUGUACGUCGUGCGUUUGUGCCCGGAUGAUCCCCCAACUUCUCUGCCCAGUCGCCUUCCAAUCGCCGUCAUAUCGGGAUGUGUGCAGAACUAUAAUGUGCCCUUCUCACCACGGAGUGGAAGAGCAUUCCCUGCACCAGUGGCGAUGGAGACAAGUGCUGGCUCGAGUCGCAGUGGUCACUUGCGUGAGGGAAACGCAGACUUUGCUGCGCGUCCUUCUGUACCGAUGGGCUUAGCCACAGAACCAGUCCCGAUGGCUGAUGACGCUGUACAUGGCACGUCUCCAAUAAAAUUUUUGCCAUCUCGCCCAGGCCAAUUGCAUUCUUUUCUAUUUGCUGACGCAGCAACGCAUGCUAUUUGGGCAGCGGAAGUGGACACUGGAACGUUAACAGUUUGCGUUGUACCGCCAUCCCUUUAUUGGGGAAAUGAGGGAGGCGUUGACGCUGCAACCGCAGCUGAUGCCAAGGCGCAGCAACAGCAUCCAUGUUCAGACGGUGCAUUGAAGCCAGGGGCUUUAUUAGGUGGCAUAGAGGGAUUUGUGGACGGACCUUUUCACAUGGCUCGCUUUGCUUCUCCCUCCGCACUUUGUUGGCGUAUGGACGAUGAUUUUGCUGGAGAGGAAGAUGGUGGGGGGCCCAGGCAACCGCAUACGGGGCGAGAUACUUUUCGUGGUGACGUAUUAUUUGUCAGUGAUCGCGGAAACCACGCUGUUCGAUACGUUGACUUUCAAAACAGAUUGGUGCGUACCAUUUUGGGCAUUGACGGCGUCCCGGGCUACCGCGAUGGCGAUUAUCGCGUGUCACGCCUGCACGACGCCGCGGCCCUUGUGUGGUGUACUUCAGGACUGUUGUUCCUCGACAAGCCCAACGGCGCCAUUCGACUUAUUACUGGACUAAAAAGGAAGAAGAAGAAUACAGUGACGGCUCUGGAGAGGGAAAAAGAGGGAGAUGUACCUCAAACUGUUGCACAACUGAACAUGCCCGUGGCGUCUUCAGAGGGACCCACGACACAUGCCAAACUUCGCGUGUGGACUGUUGCUGGAGGACGGUAUGGCAAAAUGGGGCCGUAUGUUGACGCCAAGGAGUCGCAUCGGGCCUCAUUGGGUAUGCCGAGCGCGUUGGCGCUACUUCCAGGUGGAAAUGGUGUGUUGUUUACAGACAGUCAGCAUGGGGCAUUACGUAUUUUAUCUUUGUGCGGGGUGGAGACUCUUAUUGGGCCACACAAUUGUCUUACUUUAUCAUCCCUCUCUAGGGGAUUGCUUGCCUGCUCACAUAUUGUGGUGUGCCGCCUUGUCACAUCCAAUAACUCUUCGCGUCACGCAUUUCUUGUCAGCAGUGGAGUGCAAGGCACCGUCUCGCUGUUGGUGCCGUGCGAUGGGACGGAAUGUGUAGGUGACGAGAAAGCAAUCGACCUGGAUUUCACCAACGUAACCUCACUUCUCCCAGAGGAAUGUGCGCUGGUAGCGAGUGGAGUGCUAAGAAAGUACACAUGCGUUGAUGAGAAAUCGUCUAUUCGCAUGAUGGGAAAAACCGGUGUUGUUCCACGGGGAGGUACAAAAACGCAUGGAAGUGGUAACGAUCCUCACCGGAAGAACAACCACACAACGAUGUUGUCAUCUUCGUUGGUAGUGCGCAGUGGCGCCUCGUCCCGGGUUCAAUUCUUGGCGCCAUCCGCAAAAUGUGGUCCUUUGGAUGAGGCAAUGCGACAGCUCUUCUAUGUCUACGCGUACUACGCCCGCAAGAGCUCCGCACCAACAACCUCGACAAAAUUAUACCCCCUGGGAGGUGCGGAAAUACCGGAUGAUGUGAACAUGUCGUAUUCACUUUCCUUAAUGAGUUUCUGGCGCUUUCUCUCACACACAGAGUACUUUGGAGCAUGCCCAUUAUGGGCAAAAUCUUCGGCCAACCCUUUUGCCUGCAUGGUUGGAACGAUACCCGGUUUGAAAAGCAAUGAAAACGGUGACGACGCUGCGCCGGGUUUGGUAGACUGGCGCCGCACCGCGGAGGUGCUUUAUGGGCUGUGCGUGAGACGACAUGGCUAUCGUGUCCUUUCCAUCAUGGGCUUUAGCCUGUUCUGUCGCGUGAUUCUCCUCCUUCAUUGCUGGAUGCGAGAGCAGGGACGGUGCGAGACCGGGCAGAAGGAAGGGCUCCACAGCAACGUGGAUCGCCCGAUACUUCCGUCGAUCGAUGGACUUAGGAAGGAGGAAGUUGUCGAGGCGUACAAGGACACCGUGCGUCAGGUGAGGAAUGUCAACAUUCACCUGCGACAGGGGGUGGGGGAAGCACAGAACGAGGGGAGAGGAUUCAUAGCGGCUGACGAUGUUCUGUGCGUGCUGGUGCACAACGAAAAGAGCCUGCAGCGAUUGUUCGAGGCUUUCAGCAGGAAAAUAUUACUCCAUCGACGCCCGUCGUGUACGACUACAGAGGGCGACGAGUCACACAAGCGGCGGCGGCGGCUCCGUGACGUGCUGCUCCCCGCGGACACCAGAGGACACACGUCAACGGAAUUCGCUUACGGGAUGUCAUACAGCAUGUUUCAUAAAUUAUUUCAUGCGUUGGACGUCUUCCCGAUCCUCAUGGGCGAGUCCCUGCUGCGGCGCGCCUACGUUGACGCCCUGCUCACACCUCUCUUCCAGCAGCAACAGCAACAGCCUGUGCUCUCCUUUGCCCCUCCCAUUUUCCAAGAAGUGGAGAAGAUGUACGCUUGCGGUGGCGCAGCGCUUUCAUUUCUCCCUUUUGUGGAGGCCUUUGUGCGCGUUGCCCUCACUGCCUUCUCGCUCUGCACCGAACAUGAUAGAAGGAUGUACCCAACCGCCGCAGCGAAGGUGGAGGCUCUGAUGCGGUGGGUCAACCGGUCAGUUGAACAGCACCAUAAACACAAGCGGGGUGCGGCCGAGCGCGAUGGUCCCUACCGUAUCGAAUCUCCUGGUGGCAAGCGUGCACUGCUUUUCUCCUCCUUCAUUCCAUUCGACGUCCACGCACGAGUUGAGGGGCGCCACCCGCGUCCGACGAGGCAAGAGAAUCCCUGA